GUUCCCUUAAAUUCCCAUUCGGUCUUUCUCUCUGGUUUCGGUCACUAUCGCGAGUCUACAACACUGGGUUUUGAUUAAUGUUGUUUACAAUGGAUCCCGAGGUGGCUGUCGAAGAAAACGCAGCGUUUGAGCCUUCUCCAACGGUGGGGGAGAAACGGGGGAUCGAGAACGGGGAUGUUUCCGCGUCGAAGAAGCAACGGUGCGGCGGGGGAUUAAUGAGGCUGGCUGAGAUUGUGCUGGUGCUGUCGACGAUGGAGAAGAUGAGGGGAGGAGGUAGGGAUCCUACACCGGCUGAGAUGGCGUUGAUGGCGGAGGCGCGUGAGACAUUGGCGGAGAUUUGCGGGGAGAAGGCGCCGAAGUAUAUUGUCGGGAGGGAGGCGAUAUGGAAUGUGAUUGAAGAGUUGGGAUUUAAUUCCAAGCUCAAAGAGCAUAGAUUAAGGUUUAGGGGUAUGGGAAUGUCGCUUUCUCAGAAGGUUUUGCUUGCUAAAAUGAAGUUGGAAGAACCCAAGAAAUUCACUACACCUGCUACAUAUACAUCUCAGUCAGUGCAAAAUAGUGUUGGUGGAUCAGCUGAAAACCAUGGAGGGACACAUGCAGUUCGCAUUUUACCAUCAGAUCGACCAAUUCAUGCAACUGUGUCUUCUGUUACAGCAGCAGGUUCAACUCCAUUACAGCAUCAAUUGCCCACCGGAGACGUAAAAAUGGCUACAAUGUCUGCUUGGGCUACCGGGUGGCCAUCUAGGAAAUUCGUCUUCGUUUCCGUAUCCCAGGGUUGAGAGACCACAAAUUAAGUUGGAUGGAGGAUCAAACGUGGCUUCUUAUGUUUCCUAUCCACCAGCUAAUUCUUCAGCAAUCCAUUCACUCGCAAAUGCUCCUUCUUGGUCUAUGCAAGCUCAACCUGCAGCAUUAGCUAAAUCUGGGCAAGAGAACAAGGUUUUGACUCAUCAUCCGACCAAGGUUGAAGGAAGUACUGGUUCAACUACGGCACAGAUGACUUCUCAAGCAGUGAGAGAUCAAACUUUUAGACCAUUCAUCUCUCAAACUGCGUCUGGAACUUUUCCAAGUGUGCACCAGCCCGUGCAAGCAUAGUUGUAAAAAGCGCGUCUGAGGCGCAAAAGCGCAGAGGCUCACUGGACGGGGCUUUUUCAACAAUGAAGCGAGGCACGUAGCCUAGGCGCAACGAGGCUAUGA